AUGCCAUCAUCAUCGCUGUAUCUUCCAAGUCUUCUCUCCAUAAUUGGACAAGCACAGGCAGAAAAGUUUCCACAAUCACUAACAGACCUGCACGCUCAAUUGAAGAGAGAUGACGGAGUUACGUUUGACCCGCUUGGUGUCGCAGCCGUUCUCUACAACCCUCGCGUCGACAAAAGUGCAGCAAGACUUUACACUCAGUUUGACCGAGGAUUAUUCAUAUGGCCACACCUGACAAUGAUCGGAGGGACUCUACCACCCAUGCAAAUGCUUGUUGAACGCCUUAAUGCCACGAUGAAGUGGAUCCAUCCAUCUAUCAAACUAUGCGCACAAGAUACCACGAUGCUCCCCGUACGAUCGGACGUAUCGGGGAAUGUAUUUCGCCAACUGCCACUCAACUUGAGCAACGCAUGGCUGACUGAAAUAAUAUCUUUUCAAACAUCCAAGCAACCUGGAAAUGACUUCGUUGUCGUUUGUGUGGAUGCCAUGUACCCAUCAAUCGAAGAACGCCAGAAAAAUGUGCGUCAGCAAUCGGGAAACCUAAGGUGGCUUCUCGGGAAAUGGACAUUGGACUCGAUUUGUCUGGUCAACGGAGCCAUGCUAACGACCGGUAUGGUGUGCGGGAUUUUGGCAGCCGACCUUUGGGCUUUCACCUUGUUUUUUCUAUACAGCAGUCAUUGGUUCGCCUCUGUGCUUAUUUCCUUCACUUCGAUGGUCAAGAUCCACAAGCCAGCUCACAUCAAAAACGACUUGCGGGGUAGAUAUGCGGUAUAUGAACGCGAUGAGGGGGGCACUGUGAUAUUCAAAGGACCACAACGGGAGCUUGAGGAAUGGGCACGUUCCACUUGGGAAUAUGAUCGGACUUGGGUAAAGAAUUCUUUGCACUGGUUCUGGACCUUGACAGGGACAUUCUCUGGCAUAUCCUCGGUUGCAUGUAUGGUGAAUAUGAAGGGCGCUAUGCAAUUGGCAUUUUUAGGAGUUCUGGUAUAUUCGUCACUGGCUGAGAUUGGCGCUACCAGGAUUGCACGUCAUCUGCAAACCAAAGCUCAUGGCCAUAUCUCUGUGGACCGAGUCUUAAAUAACCGAACUCGAAGCCUAGCAAUUAUCCGUGCCACAUUACAAGUUACCCCAGAAUGCCGUCUCAAGGGUCUGGAUUGGGUCAAGAUGGGGCUACUUCCUCCAAUGCAGGUUUUUCAGAAGAUGCAGGAACUACUGAGAGAGAUUUCCGACAUCGAACAAAGCAUAGAUCAUCCUGGAGUUGCGGUGAAAGAAAAAUGUGACAACUUCCUCAAUGACGUGGAUCCCUCCGAACAGAUGUUGGCUAAAAGGAUAGUCAACGAAGUGACGGAGACACUGGGGGUUUAA